GAAGAAGAAGCCUCCCGGACAGCCGAUAGGUCAGCAGCACCGGUAGAAAUCAUUUUAGUGCAUUUUACUCAGUUGUCUGGGAAACCCGCCAUGUAUGAAUUAUCCGAUUAAAACUAUUUUUAUGCCGUUUGGUUUCAUGUCCAAGUCAAGGUGCGCGUAGCUUUUUGAGACAAAGAAGUAUCUAUUCGACCACCGGGAGCUUUUUACCGACUAAUCUCCGGAAGUUAAUUCAUUUUAAACUCAACCUGUAAGGUUAGUAAGUGGAGCGGUGGCGUUAUCUAAAAUGACCCAACAAGCUGCUGCUCUCCAGACCUACAACAAUGAACUUGUUAAGUGUAUUGAGGACUUGUCCUCCAAGCGGGACGAGUUGAACGGUCAGAUCAAGCAGGAGGAAGAGGAGAAGGAGCGGCUGCAGCACGACAUCCGAGUCCUCUCAGAGAAGCUGAGCCGAGUCGAGGAGAGCCUGUCACAGAGACUCGCCGCACGCGCUACUUUUGACCGCACCAUAGCAGAGACCGAGGCUGCAUACACCAAGAUCCUGGAGAGUUCUCAGUCUCUUCUGUGUGUCCUGAAGCGGGAGGCAGGAAACCUCAGUAAAGCCACAGAGACUCGGAGGAAAUAGCGUUGAUGUCGAUGAAAGGUCUCUGAACUCUCAUUGUAACCGCGACAACGCUCUUUAUCUGCCAUUAACAAAGUCUAAUCUCCUUGCUGGACCAUUUGUAAUAUACUUGAUUGAUUUAUUGUAAGUUCCUUAUUGUAAUAAAUGUGUUUCUUAUCAUUACAA